GUCACUUUAGUGCUGUGUAGUACAAAAAUCCUUGUAAAUAUGUGGUUUAAUUUGUAACCCAAUGUUAGGAGUUGAGAUGAGAUCCAAAUUAGUUUUCUAGGGCUGAGGUGUAAAUCCAGAGAUCCUCCAAAGGCGGCGCCAAAAUCUUAAGUUGUAGCCACGUAGCAAAAUGCUUGUUUCUUGUGAUACAUUUAAAUUUUGUCAGCUCCUACUCAGCUCCUUCCUUUCCCUGGAAUCAAUCCGCACUGUUCCUCAUAAACGAUAAAUAACGACAAUCAAUUAAACAAUCUUCAGUUGAAAAUCGUGCACUGAAACGAUAAUGAAGGCUAGAUUAGUAGUGUUUCCAAUCAGGGGAAGGAACUGGUGCUUCAGCCGAUCGAUAGAGUCAUCACAAUCUGAAACUCUGUCUUCUAAUACUCCUUCUACAUUGAAAGAUCUCUGGAAGAAGAUUUCAUCCAAAUCAGCUCAUAACUCGUUCAACUCUAAUGUUGAAGUCGUCGUUGAUUUCGCCUCCAAUAAGAUGAACAGAGCUUGGAGUAAUUUGGAAAAAGCGCCGGCAGGAAGUUUAAAGAACAAACUUCACGGGCUAGGGUUGCGGCUUCUCUCUCGUGUUAAGCCUUCAGAGAUCUUUUUGAAAUCCAUUCCUAAGGAGGUAACACGUGUUGACAUUACCUAUCCCUCAAGUUUAAAUGGACAGCUUGUUCGGCGGAGGCUACGUCAUAUUGCCUUGAGAAAAAACCAGAUGCUUGAAACUCUGGCAAAGAGUUCAUAUCCUUACCACGCUUGGUUGGAUUUAAAAUCUCUUUCUGCUGUGGAGGAACAUACUCUAGUUAAGGUGCUACCCUUGCCUAAUAUACCUUUCUUUUGGGUCUUAUUUCGGACAUACUCUCACUGGAGAGCUCUUCAGGGAAGUGAAAAUCUUCUUCGAUUAGUUACAAACAGCUCCCAUCACCAGAAUUACCAGAAGUCAGAUAAAGGAACAACAGACAAGAGUACAAAUACAAAAGAUGACCCACAGAGAACAAACAACUGCAUUAGUCGACCAUGGGUAUUAUUGCCGUCAGAAGACCUUCAAAAGCUUAUUCGAUCUGGACAAUCUAAUGAUAGUCUAAGUGAGCCGACCAUAUCUGAUAUCUGCCGGAGAUUUAACUUGAACACAAUGGAUGUUAUCAAGUACAAACACUCACUGUACUGACUUUUACCAAGUGCUGCAAGUCAUUCCAUAUAUCAAUCUUGAAAGAACGGGUCAUGAGAAUUUGAAUGAUCGAAGCAGCUUCCCAGACACUACAAGGCUAUGAAGAACCAAGGGAUUUCAUAUCAAUCUUUACAACUACUUCAGGAGGACUCAACAAAAUGCUUUUUCCCCUAUAUUUUCUGAGAAUGCUGGGAAGGUGUCCUGGUUCAAUUAAUUCUGUCUCUAUGCAUUUGCUCCCUUGUAUGACAUCUCUGAACAGGAAUGACAAAAGUAACAACAUUAGAACAAAAUAUCUGCAUCCACUACCGCUAACAAAAAUGUUACCUCUAAGUUUCCUUGCUUCAAUUGUGUUUCCUGCAAUAAUAUCUUCCUAGAAUUGUAGCUUAGCUUUGUGGACUCGAAAGCUGUAUCACUUUUAUUUUGUUUUAGUGGUCACGAAGAAGCUUAGUUUCAAAACUGUGGCUUCAUGAACCAACUUGUAUUAAAGCGUUAUGGUGCUUGACCGGAA